GCGAGGCGGGGCGAGGCGGCCGGCUCUACCUGCUCCCCGGUGAGGCGCGGCGGAGCGCUGUGGUGCCCGGCUGCUGCCAUGUUCCAGGGCCCGGAGGCCGACGCUGCCAAGCCCAGCUCCAGGGUAUUGAAGCCUCCUGGAGGAGGGUCUAGUAAUCUCUUUGGGAGUACAGAAGAAGUUUCUUCUUCCAGCAGGCCACACCGGAUGGCAUCUAAUAUCUUUGGAGCAUCAGAAGAACCGCAAAAUAUUCCAAAAAGAACAAACCCUCCAGGGGGAAAAGAAAGUGGUAUUUUUGAAGAUUCUGGUACUGCUCAGCCUCGUCCGCGUAUGAAUCCACCUGGUGGGAAGACAAGUGACAUCUUUGGGUCUCCAGUAUCUACCAGUGUUGUGCGAGCACACCCAAACAAGCCUAAGGAUCACAUUGUCUUGAAGGAAGAUGAAACGCCAAAGAAGCCAGAAGCUGCAGAAAACAACAAACCACACCUGGAAGAUGGUGGUGAGAAAAAAGAUCUGGGCAAAGAGGAGCGAUGCAAGGAGCCAGAACCCAAGAUAGACAAUCACGAGCCCAGAUUAGGGCCAAGGCCACGCUCGCACAACAAAGUUCUCAAUCCCCCAGGCGGAAAAUCCAGCAUUGCGUUCUAUUAGGGUCAUCUGUUCGCUUUCACUAACGGAGUCUGCACAGAAAGUCUUGUCUGUGGUUGUGAGGUCAGUUUAUGGACUAUUGUUGUGGAUAGGUUCUUAGGCAGAUGGAUGAGGGUUAUGCCAAAGUGUGUGGAAAGGCAACCUGAUGAUUUGGGGAGGGAGGGCUGGGGAGGGUAAGGGUGCCCUGCAGAAGACAUGAGUAUGGACUGCCUGCCUGGGUGGGUGGCAGAGGGGGACAUUAGUGUAACUUUGUGAAAGAGCAGUGCUACUUUGUGAUGAGUUCAUCAGGCCCUUAGGUUCUUAGCUUGCCAGUGGCUCAGGACACUCCUGUGGAGUCAGGCUUUUCCAUACAGUCAACGUGUAAAACAUUGUGAAUGGGCAGGGACCCAGGGGUCACAUCUGGAAUAUUCUGAAGCACAGCAGGUAGGCUGUGCUUUUCUCUAGGCAACAGGAAACAGAUUCACAGUAUGAGUUGACCUGCAGUCACUUUAAUGUAAAUACGUUCAACUGGAACAACUAGUGCUACUGUGUUCUUGAGUGUCUGUAGUCUUUGGUUCUCUUUUUCUCCUUUCUUGCUGAACAGCACGUUUGCAGAUACAAGGACAAAACAUGCAGAAAGUCUUUUAUACUCUCAUAAAUCAUCAUAUGUUAAUAAGUAUCUUAGCGUUCCCCUCCUCAGAAUAUUCAGGCGUUUCUGCUGCCCUCAGUAAUCUGCUGGUUACUCUGACGAGCUCUUGGUGAAGGGUAAUACCAGUCCAAUGUGCUGUUUUGUGUAGGUGCUUCUAGGAGACCUUAAAAGCAUCUUGGGUGAGUGCUUGCACACUUUCUGGAAAAGAUGUUGGUGCAAACAAUAACCUCAUGGUAUCCUUUGAGGAGAAGCAACCUAUGAUGUACAGUUAAUGUGGAAAAUAUACUGAGAUGUCUAGCCGGCCAGCUUUGAUAACCCAACCUAUGUAGAAAUGCCUUAGUUUCUGCAACAGUUAUUUACUUUGUACACUGCGGAAACCAGGACUGUUCUGUUGUCUUUACCACAGUGCAUUUUUUUUGUUUGUCUGUGCUGACUCUGUUAGUGAAUUCUCUUGUCUUUGGUCAGCCUUAGAUUUGCCUUUGACUGACUCAGAUUUCUGCUGGUAAGGGGGAAAAGCUACUUGGAUUCUCCCCAUACCACAGCUGUAGUUGUUCUGAGACAUACUGUAGAUUAUCCUAGUUGGAGAAACAAAGACUUUAGCAAUACAAACCUUUUGAUCAUGCUGGCUAUCUUAAAUCAUAUUUGGAAGAUGUGCUUUUCUUUCUUUUGCAGAAGCAUACGCUGGGGAGGGCUGCUCACAUCAUUGAUUCUCUGAAUUAGUUGCCAAAACUCUGAACAUGAACGCUGAAUGCUAACAUCAGUUGCUUAGAUGGCUCAGUGAAUUUAGUAGUGAUUUUUAAAUUUGACAUUCAAAACAGGAGUUGUUCAGGUACACCAAAGAACAAGUGGCCUUAUCUGUGUAUAUUCACUGCUGUACUAGCCCAGGUUCCCUCAUAACUGCUGCUGUUUAGAGGGGACUAUCUCUGGGUCAGGUGCUAAAAAUUCUGUCAUUACGGUGCUUAUUAGACUGUUCUGUUCAGUAUGUGUCAGAAGUGGUGGAUGACUGCUUGAAGACUUAGUUGCCUUUUCAGAUUGUGAAAAUGAAAUGUAUGGGAAGUGCUAAGGAUAGAAAUAAUCAUGGAAAGCAGGAAUUACAAUGCCUUUGUACCUCUCAGAUUUCAGACUCCCUAUUAUUUUGCCCCCCUGGGAGAACAACACAGGAAUUGUAAUUUCAAAAAUUUCAACCCUGUAUUCAAUUUGUGUUACCUCUAAACAUGUAUUUCCUAGCAGCUUUUCUAGAGUCUGUGCUGUCUUGCCUCUGGUUGAGUCUGAUACUUCUGCUUCAAUAUCUUGUUCUACUUUACAGGCUUUUAAGUGGUUACCAGGUAGAAAAGUCAACCAGAAGUUGCUUUCUGCAUUGAAAGGUCUGGUGUAAUUGGUACAGUCUUUAAUACUGACAGCUUAGGCUUGGCAUCUUUUACUGCAUUGUCUACAGUGCCUGUCUUUUAAACAAGCUUCCAACAAGGCCUUAAAUUGGUUAAACUGUGUUUAUUUUGUUCAUUUUUUGUGUUGUUUUUUUUUUUCCCUUUGGAAUUUAAACUGUUUUCAGUUCAUCAAGUAAAUUUGAUAACAUUUCUCUGCCACAGAAGGGUAUUGGAAAUCAGAUGAUUAAUCAUGCACUUCUCAAUAAACCUCUGUAUUUUGCUACAUCA